AACAAGAAGCACUUUUCUAUGUCACUCUUUGAGUUUUGUGAGGUCUAUGACUUUCCCAAGGUUGAUGCUUAUCGUUUCACACGCUUUCCUCGACAAGACUCAAGUGAUUUCUGGGGUUUGAUUGGUCAGGGACAGUACACGUCCAGGGGUGCAAAGAUUACUGCCAUCCGCAAUCCGGUUCUCCGCAUUUGUGUCAAGAUCAUCAGCAACGCCUUUUUCUUCAAGGCUGAGUCUGGCUCAGUUCGUGAUGAUGAGCUGUGGAUGCUAUUUUUUGGAGUUAGACAUCUGUUGGCAGAAUACAACGUCCCCAUUGAGCUUACAGCGAAUUAUGCAGCCAUUCUGUGCGAGACGUUUGUGAAAGUGAAGCUCAACCCUCCUAAGCAGCUGUUCAUGGAGAUACGUCUACAAGUUUUGGGAUCUUCAAGGACUACCAUUGUACUGUUACCUCCCAGUCCAGCAAUCACAGUGCUUCUCUCUCGGGAGAACUUGGCGUUUCUCCCUAGUUCUGAACAUUUGAUUCCCAACCCUGCUAAGACAGCUGCUCGCGUACCUACUCGACGCAGAGUAUCUACACGAGUUUCCCAGCCUGCACAGGCAGCAGUGGCUAGUGAUGAUGAGAUCGACGAGGAGGACCCCUCACAGGCUCCUCCCUCACAGUCCUGGACGAUACCGGCUACAGCCUACACCUCCACCUGGAGAUAUGUCUGCACAGUUGUAGUGGGUUGUUGAGUCUCAGAAGACUAACAACUCUAUGAUGCGCCGAAUGUGGAGAGCGAUGAUGAAGAUUCGACCCUGUUCUUGUGCUUCUGGUUCACGUACACAGGGAGAGGAUUCAGAGGAUGACGGUUCUGAGGCUUCAGAAGAUCAGAGCUCAGCAGACACAGAAGAAGGAGCCACAGAGGCUCAGACCACACCUGGGCUAGCCAUUGGACAGGAGAACCGCCGCAAGCACAGUCAGGAUACUACUGGCCCGAGUGGUACAGCUCCACGUCUCAGGAGAAGCAGGAGGGAGCCAGGCCAGGCUCACAGCUCUAGUGAGAGUCCACCACGUCAGCACUGAGCAGUGUAACACUCUCUAUUUUCCUUGUUAUAUACCAUUUUUCUUUUCUUUAUUUUGCUUCUCUUUGAGUCAGUCCGACGCUUCUUUUGGAUUUAUUCUCACACCGAGACGGUGUGAAAUAAGUCUGGAGGAGGUGUCAUUAGUCUACUGAUGUAGUUUACUUUUCUUAUGUUUCAUUUUGAUGUUUUCUUGAGUCUGUCAGUUUGUUUUAUCGAGUCAAAUCGUGUCUGUUCUAUUGAGUCAAAAUGCUGUAUGAGAACUAUGAGCUUUUCUUAGGGAAUUGCACCUUGCUUGAUUUCAUU